AUGGUUAGGGAUGGACGCAGUGACAGAGGGAUUCAACCACAGGCGAAAGUGGUGAGAAGAAUGUCCGAGAUUGUGGAAGCUGAUUUCAGGCAAAUCAAGCCUUAUUACCAUGUGCCGGAUGCAAGACUGUCCGAGGGCAUCACAUAUGUGAACGAGACAAAGACGCUUCUCUGGGUGGAUAUCUAUAAGGGAGAGGUUCACAAAGUAGAGCAUAUACGGAAUCCCGAGACGUCGCAUGACUAUGUCGAAAUUGGCCUGGACAACUACAGGGCGAACGCAGCUAUCAAGUAUCCUUAUCCGGGCUCUGCCAAGGAAUCGAUAGGCGCAGUGUUCCCAUUGGUCGACGAGGAGGAAAGUGAUCGCAUCAACAGAGUGCUGUUUGCAUGCAAAUAUGGCAUCGGGAAGGCCAGUUUUGCCAGUAAGGAGUGGGAGUACAUUGCUCUGUACAGGGACUGCCCUGAUCUGCCGGAGGACAGAGCGUUGCGUCUGAGAUCGAACGAUGGGAACGUCUCGCCUUGCGGUAGGUACCUCUAUGUCGGGCUGAUGAACGAUUUCGACCGUCCGCUCAAGGAUGAGGGCUGUCUGGUGCGCGUUCGUCUGUCCGACAGGCGGGUCGAGAUGGUUUGGGACCGAAUAAAAAUCCCCAAUGCGAUUCAUUGGAACGAGAAGGGAGACACCAUGUACUUCACCGAAUCGCUCGAGUACACCAUCUGGCAGUACAACGAAAACACAAAGGAGAAAAAACCAUUGAUCGACAUCAAGCACGCCAAUAACCAAUCGUUCGAGUCGCCUGAGCCCGACGGAAGCGCCAUCGAUCUCUUGAACCACAGACUCUACGUUUGUGUCUAUAGCACGGCCAAAGUCCAGGAGUUUUCGUUGAAGGACGGCUCAUUGCUCAAGGAGUACCUGCUGCCCCCGUAUACGCCCCGGGUCACCAGUUGUGCGAUCGCUGGUAACGAUCUAUAUGUCACUACAGCCAAUGAAGAUGUCGAGCACGGCCCCCAAGGCUGCAACGACGGUCGCGGAGGAUCUAUCUACAAGUUGCCCAACGUGGUACAAGUCGCGACGCAGUCCGCGUUGCUCGAGUUCGUUUCAUCCAAAAGGCAGCCAAUCUUCAAUUGA